UUUUCUUUUUGUUAUCUCUCAUGUCUAUGCGGGCUACGAUAAUCAUUAAAACAUGAUAACGUGAAACUUAUUUGUGCCCAAUAAGUGAUAACGGUUAGUAUAAUAGGUAUAAUCGUGGUGUGCUUGCUUGGGUAUCCAAUUAAAUAUUAUUGACUUUGGGAAAAUAAAGUCAGAGGUAUCUUACAUUUUUUUCAUGAUUUUAAUAUGUUGUAAAAAGGUUUGUAAACAUUGCUUUUAACAGUUAUAAAUCAAUACUCAUCAUUUUAGAAGAAAUAGUAUUGGUCUUACACGAUAUACGUAAAUAGAAAGUGUUCUAUUAUUUUUUAAUACAGGCGUGGCUAUAUUUCAGUCUAGUGAUGAUAGUAAUAAUAGUAACAGGUAGUCUACAAACAUUAUCAAGGAGCAUCAGCUUUUUCAUCAUGGUUACUGGCAACAUGACGGUAUAUGAGCGGUGCUGUAUGGAAUAAGAAACUAGAGCUCAAGUUGUUUUAGAAUCACCAAUUUCAUCGUUUAAUUAUUCACUAUAUAAUUCCUUAUACUACUUUACAUAUAUAAAUUAAAAUCAUCAAAGGGAAAUGUAUAUAUAUAAAGAAAGUAUAGAAAGUGAUCUUGAGUAUAUUUUUAGCUCGACUAUUCGAGGAGUAAAGAAACUUUACUACUCGCCAUGAGUGGUCGUUAUUUAGUCCCGAAUAACUCCAUAUUAACACUAAAUACAAGUCAUGGCCCUUGAUUUACUGUUUUAUCUUUUACGUUUUUUAUUGCUUUUGACAGGCAUAUUUUUAUAUUUUAACCAGGUUUUCACAAAGGGAAACUUGGUUUUCGGAAUAACGUGCUUCUUUGUUUGGGCUGACCGGCUUGGCGUCAAACUCACCUAUGGUAUCAAAUCAAUGAAUCAGGUUUGAGUGUAUUGAGACCUUUCAUCGGAUUGCGUUUUUGGGUCCCUUGGAUCAAGGUCACUAUCACCAUAAAUAGGAAAAGGUUUAAGUUAACAUGCCGAAAGAAAAGAAAGAGGGUAACCAUGGAAAAUCAAGGCAGUCCGUUGCUUUACUUGGACCUACUGGACUGGUUUCCGCGGAACUUCUGGAUCAUGUUAGAACUAAGAUGACAUCCGACUUUAUGAGGGACCAUCUGCAAAGUCUACAAAAUGAUAUGCAACAAAUGGUCUUACAAAGUCAAAAUUGCAUGGCAACUCUUAAAAAUACACGAGGUUUUGUAGAUCCUUCAGUACUGAUGAAGUACCCAGAUUCUGUCGUGGCAAACAGGUAUCUGAUAGCCUUUGACUACUUCUUCAUGGGUUGGACAACACUUCUCAAUUAUCCAAAAACCUCGGUUGAUAAUGAAAAUGACUGUAAACAAAUAAUGGAUGGAAUCCACAACUAUGCGUGUGGUGCUAUUCUUGUUGGACAUAUGGCCAGUCAGUUUCCAUUAUUCGGAUCAAUUAUUGAUCUUUUCACAAACUACCUGAGGGUUUGUCCAAAUGAUUUUCUAGCGGAAUUCUUAAAACUUAAGUGUGAACUCAGCAGAUCCAUUGGAGACGAAGAUGUUGACAGCUCAAAGGAUUAUGCGGCCACAAAGACGAAUAUAAGAAGUCUUGAGUUAUUUGCCCAUAAGUUAGAGACAUACAAAGACGUUGACAUGGGAAAGUGUACUUUGAUAGAUACCUACUUGAAACUGGCAUCUCUGUAUGCUGUUUCGGAUCAAAGUGAAAGAUCAAGGUAUCUUUUCCAGCUUUGUCAUGACCUUGACCCUGCAAACGUCGAGGCCAUGUAUGGCAUUGCUUAUCAGUGCUGGCGUACUGACCCAGAGAAAGCCAAAGAGCUUCUUACGAAGUUCAUCGAUACUGCACAUAUACAUCAGGACCACAGUCCACAAGUUAGAUAUCUCUUGGGUAUUAUUCACAGAGUAUUUGGAAACAACGUCAGCCUUGCAAGGAAAUAUUACGCACUUGGUGAAGAAGCUGAAAAUAAAAUACUACCCUUUAAUGACAAGACACCGCAUCAUUUCAAGCGGUUUCUAAAUUUAAUGAUUAAAGCUGGUCUUCAUGAGGACUUACAAAGCAUUAUAAGUUUGAUGUGAGAUGUCAUCAUUUUUGUUUAAAUCGAAAAUAACCUUUAUAGGAUGACGGCGAAGACUACCAUUUGACAUUCGUAUAAUAUAUCUCAUUCGGUAAAAACAAACCAUUCGUAGCUAGAACUCAGUCGAAUCUUCUUAUGUGACAGAUAAUUAUUGAAAUCGUAUUUCUUUUCGAACAAUUUUGUAAAACUGGGUUCUAUUAUGUCAAAAUAUGGUCAUAUUUUUCAAUAUGUGAAGACCGUUAUAAUCACACAUUUUAGACUUAUUUCCGUUGUAUCUUAAUACUAUUAGUGUUUGCCCUACAUUUACAGCCAAUCAUGGGCGCUAGAUUUUUUUUAAAUAUUUAGUUCCUUAUCUGUGAAGAAUCGUAACUUUUUCCUGAAGACGACUCUUCAUGAUUAAGUUAAUUGCUAUAACUGCGCAUGCCUGGUGUUUGGCAUAUAUGAAGAAAGUUUAUUCAAAAGCAAUAUAUGCCAAGGCGCAAUUUCAGUGUCAUCGCUUUUCUCUCUUAGGUAACUAAUUUACGAAGAAAUUACGUAAAGAUGCACCCUUACUUCCAAAUUAGUUAUACCCCAAUUAAUACAAUUGUUUUAAUUUACUGAAAAGGAGAGUAAAUGUCGAAAACAAUGGUUCUUACUUCGUAAACUAUAACACUGUUUGAAUCCAAUGAUCCAUGUACAAUAUUUAAUCUUACUUCUGUUCAACGGGACUAUCUGGUCUUUAAAUAUUUGAUACACUCGAAUAUAUGUUAUGUCUUUGAAUACUCAAAUUGAGCCUCUGAAUCGUAUUGUCUUUAUCAAUUACCUUAUUUUGUUCAUGUUGUGUAUGAAUUUGAGUAAAUAAAUGUGUUGAUUUGACUUGA